CUGUCCUAGUUAACCUCUGGCUCAAAAAGCUGCUGGUUCGUGGAUACAGAAGUGGCAAGCGACAAACCAAGGAGCCCAUUCACGUGUCUCCUUCGGAGAGAUACUUGGCAUCAGAGCCACUUUAAAAGCGUAUCUAUUCAGUUUAUCUGUAUUUUCUUUUCAGUAUAUAGCGAUUUCACUGUCUUGUUUGACAAACUGCGAUUUAAACAAACCUAAGCGGACACUGGAUUAAGUUUAAAAAAGCAACGAUGUAUCUAUCGACAAAGGACUAGCCUUAAAAGUUUGCGACACUGGAUCUUUUGCGCUGUGUUUUAUUCACUUUUACGUCCAUACAGCACAUUAUAAACUGAACUCAUAAACCCGAUUUUUGAUUGUGCUUUCACGUUUUUAAAAUUCAUUUGUAACUUCGCUACAAGCUGCACAAUGGACGUGCACAACGUUUUGCCGGAUUUUAAGGACAUCGAGACCAAGUUGGGUCGCAAAGUUCCCGAGGGUCUCAUUCGAUCAUUCACGGAAGGGGGUCUUCACGACACAAAAGAUGACAAUAACCUGGCCUCACCAGCUGUUUCUGUUACCAAAGCAAACACAAGCGAUUUAAAGCGUUUGGAAAACAAGAUGAGGUUUUUAAAACAAGAAAUGGCAACCCUGCGGGCGAUCGACGUGAAGCUGAUGCAGCAGCUGCUGUCCAUCAACGAGGGCAUCGAGUCCAUCCGGUGGCUGAUGGAGGAGAAGGGUCCGCUGGCCAGCCGCGACAGCAGCCUCACCGGCAGCCUGUACAGCCUGUCGGAGAGCCCGGAGACCUCGCCCAGGGGCAGCUGCAACAGCCUGCAGGAGGGCAGCGACCUGGACGGCAUCUCCAUCGGGAGCUACCUGGACACGCUGGAGGACCUGCCCGAAAGCGCCUCGCCCUCCGACCUGGACCGCUUCUCGGACGGGCCCGUGAUCCAGGACACGCUGGACAAGCCCGCCCUCCACAAGGGCCUGAAAGCGGACUCGGACGAGUACUACUGCUUCGGAUAGCGCAAACCCCCCCGUCUGCCAGGGAGGGAGGGGAGGAACGUGCUAACAUGCUAACGCGCUAGUCGCUUUCGAUGUCCUCCGACGCUUUGUUGAGAGUCGUUGUUGUGGUCUUGCUGCUGCUCAAUGCUCGGAAGAGGAAAGGUCACGUGGCUUUUUCAUAGGUCACGGGUAACAUUGCACCUCAUCUGAUUGGACAAGGGCGAUGGCGAAUGAUGCGAUCGCACAGGUUUUGGGUGUGAACGAUCUUUCAUCGAUUUUUAAAUGAGUGAAUCUUUGACCUUAAAUGUUUUUAUGUAGCCUUUGCUUGACGGAAGAUGACUGAGGGAAAUUGUUUGUCGUUGUUUGAUGUUGUUUACGUAUUUUACACAGAAGUCUACUCUGGUACCUCAGUGUCUUAGACCACUUUGAAAGACUUAAAUUACAUGGUGUCGUUACAACCAGCUCCUUACGUGACUUUCAGAAAUCAUUCGGUUAUAAAGGAUUAUGGGAUCACAUUUGAUUUACCGUCUUUGUGGUGUUAACACUUCCCUGUGGCCUGCUGAUUAAGGAAGUUUUAAGUAUUUUUUAGAGGAGAUCCUCCACAGAUUGAACAACAUUUCCAGGCAAAAGUUCUGUAUAACCUGCACCAAAGUGCAAUUUACAGUAUAAUAUGCCAAAUGCUGCAUGAUGAGAUUUUAAUUACUAUUCACUUCAUUACACUGCACUUGCUUUGACCCAGUUUUUUUUUCAAUGGUGAAACAUUUGCUUAGAAUUUGUGCAAAAAACAAACAAACAAAAAAGAACUUGAAUAAUUUAUUUUGUUACAUCAAAAUAACCAUGUUGUCAGACCAUUUUACAAUAUUGUAAAACACAUUUUAACAUAUUGUUAAACAUUUUUUGAAACUUUUUUGUUGUUGUUGUAGUAACCAUUCUAUUCCUUGAAAAUGACCAAGUUGAAUCCAAUUGGAAACAAACGAGGUGGACAGAAGUAACUCACAGGCUAUGAUUACUGUGUGUGCUGCGAUUACCUUUACUCUGAGGUAAAGUUUCUUGGUCAGUUUGUGAGUAAGACUCAUUAACUCUUUGGCCACCUCCUCCAGUCACAUCCAAAAAUGAAACGGUGCCUGGAGAACCAAAGUCCUGUUACUGUUGAGCCAGUAAUAUUGAAUUUCCCUUCUUACAUACCAGUCUUUGAGUGUUAAUUCUGUCAGAUGUUCUCCUCGUUUUAAUUUAUUGUUUUGGUUAUUAAUACUUGAACAGAAAAAAAUAUAAUUCUGUUAAACAAUAAAUAAUAUAUUGAACAA